CUGAAACAGUCUAAACCACCUAUUUGUAAUGUUAGUGAAUUAAUUUCAUUUUUAACCGCCUACAAAGUAGAUUCCAAGAAUAUUUUUCAAACAUCUAGACAUACAGCAAUUUUAUUACUUAUAUACUCGGGUAGACGUUUACAUGAUUUAACAUUACUAAGAGUAGAUCCUAAUCACUGCAUAAAGUCUGAAGAUAGUAUAAUAUUUUGGCCUGAAUUUGGCUCAAAAACUGGUCGAAGUGAUUAUAGACAAUCUGGGUGGAAAUUUGUUGCAAAUAAUACUCAUUGCAACCUAAAUCCUCUGUUCUGGAUAGAACAAACUAUAACAUUAUUAAAUGAAAGACGCAGUUCUGCACGAUCUUCUAACCUAUUUAUUACACUUAGAGGUGCAGCAAAGCCCGCUUCACGUACAGUCAUUGCGGGCUGGGUUAAAACUAUUUUCAAGGAAGCUGGCAUUUCUGCAACACCAGGAAGCAUCCGAUCUGCAGUAGCUUCAAAAAGUUGGUACGACAAUCAUCCACUGGACGAAAUUUUGGCCCGUGGUAAUUGGCAAUCAGCCAAUACAUUUAAAAAAUAUUACAGAAGAGAAGUGAUUAACUGUAGUGAUCCGACAAAUGUUUCAAAUAGUUUCACUCCCUUAAAUUGA